UGGUCCACCCUUCGCGUCAUCAGUCGAAAUAAACGGGAAGUCCAGUCGUGCUAUAAAUAGAAGAUGAGUUGGCAGUGAGACAGCAUAUAAAAUGUCUCACCGUUACAGCCAGACGUAGAUACUCCGAUUGCAAGCACAGAGGCGGUACUCGAGUGAAAAAGAUGCCUUAUACUGUGGGAGACUACACGUUUUAUGAGGAACUUGGUAGCGGAGCAUUCGGGACCGUGUUAAAGGCUAAGAGGAAUGGACAGGGACGUUACUUUGCAGUGAAGCGAAUCUCCCUAAGAGAUGAUAAUGUAGACAGGGAACUUGACUCCCAAAGGGCGUUACCGAGGUGUAGGUUUGUUGUCGAACUGGUCGACCACUUCUUCUCAAGUAGGAACAUGUAUCUGGUCUUGGAUUACUGCAACAGCGGGACACUUAACGACUACAUGACAGAAUACAGAGUUUCAAACAGACGUCGGCUCAGUUUCAUGCAGGACAUGAUCAAAGGUUUAAAACAUCUUCACCAUCACGCCAUCGUCCACAGGGAUAUCAAACCGGAUAACAUACUACUGCAUACUCGAAGAGGCAGAAGACCAAUCUGUAAGUUGUCUGAUUUUGGCCUGGCUCGUUACAAUGGGAGCGAAACGGAUUCCUAUUACGAAAAGGACUACUACCUUCAGACAGGCUGUGGUACGAUGUAUUAUAUCGCCCCAGAAGUCCUGACCAGACAUUACACUGAGGCAUGUGACAUAUUCUCCCUGGGUGUGGUGUUCUAUGCCAUGUAUGCUGAAGAAAUGAUGAAAGACGGUGAAACUCUGAUUGCGACUGUCGACGACGAUACUCCUUUCCACCAAGCGUCCAACAAGACCAUCAGAAGGAGGGUGGACUGGGCCGUGGAAAACAGGGCUGUUGCUGACUGUAUCAAAGACAUGGUUCAGAAGGACUAUCACAAGCGGGUGGACAUUGAUGAGCUGGAUGUAAACUUCAGGAUGGCUACGUUGUAGUGACCCUAUGAUCGAUGAUACUAUUGACAUACCCUGGAGAUAUUACGUUGAUCCAGUGUCAUUCGCAGCUAUCACGAUGUUUGUUCGUGAACAUAUAAUUGGACCAAAGCAUGAUUAUUCCAUAUUAUUCCGAAUGUGUUAACAGCCUGUACCAUAAACGACCAUACUGUCCAGCCAAGUCUUCCGUGAUUACAGUCACACAUGAGUAGUGAGUUUGCUGGAUUAAGGAGACAGAUUAAUUCCUUUGUUUGUUCUCGCGAAGAUUAGUAUGGUAUACCAUCUUAUUCUGGAAAGGCUUUUUAUUGGACAACUCUAAAGCACGCGAAGUUACACGAAGACAGCACAGAGGCGAAGUGGUGGAAGCUACAUGGUCAGAUGAUUAAACAUGACAGAAGAUGGAUGGGACUGGACCGAAAUACAUUACAAAGAAAGAGUAAACAAAUUGUUUCUGUCCUCCACGAGGUAAACUCGUAGGACCGAAAAGGUAGAUCCCGACGACCCCUUAAAUCCAGAAGUGGUCAGCAGAAAGAGGGAGAAUUUAGGACGAAACGGCAAACAUCACCGAAGAGUCGAUGACGGAUAGCCAGAAUCACCUUUCGCCUCCUGUAAACAAACCUUUCUGGUUAAGAAAUAUGUUGUGUUACAUUCAUUCUCGAAAGCCCUGAAAGGAGUGUUGUAUUUGUACAUGUCCUUGGUGGAUGUACUUUCUCUUUUGACCUGCCUUAUGUAACCAGGUAUUACACUCCCGGUAUAUUUUAAUCAGAGUAAAUAACAGAUCAUGUUGAGCUUGUGCAUUCGAUGUAAUCCUAUAUUUGAAUUAUUUUAUGUCAAUUGUAAUCGGAGGAAUCUGUUAUAUGUAACUAUAAAGUGUAACUGUUCAGGGAGCGCAGGUGGCCACUAAUGACUUUAUAUUAAUUAGCUGUCCAAAACCGAAGGACAUGGAGACAGUGUAGGGGGACAGUAGUAAAUCUUGGGGAAAUGUGAAACGUCAAGGGUGACAGAGAGCACCGACCUGAUUGAUGACAGAUUAAACUGUCGGGGAGGAGAUACCAUUUAACCAGAGACAGAUCUAAAGUUAAGAUUAAGAAGUAUGGGAUUGGUAGGUCCAAGUAGAAUAGACAACAAGGUGCAAGCCCGGUACACUGUCACUUAAUCGUACAUGAAAUCUAAGACUGUCGGGUGAAACUGUCACGAUCUGCACAUUGAUGCACAUUACAUACAGACUGGUGCUAAGUACCUGAGUUUUCUUUUGUAACUGAUAUAAUAAACACUAUCACACCGA